AUGAUUAUUAUAACAUUAUCCAUUUUAUUCUCUUCAAUUAGCAAUGCCAGUGGUUUUAUAAAUCAAGCAUUUGAAAUUCAUGGACGAUUUAUGUGUGGUCAACAACCGUUGCAUCGUGCCGCAAUUGAACUAUGGGAAGAUAAUCGAUCAUUGUUAAAUUCGGUAAUAUAUAUUUUAAGACAAAAAAGAGGACCAAAUGAUGAAUUUCUUGCUCGAACGAAUACAAAUGAACAUGGCGAAUUUAGAAUAAAUGGAACUUCUGAAAGUGUAAUUAAGGUGAAGCCAUAUAUUUAUGUGUAUCAUCGUUGUGAUGCUGAUGAACUACCUAUAAGUAAAUCACGACCAACGUUCAAAUUAUGGCGUACAUUUGUAAUAAAAGUACCAGGAAAAUAUGUCAAUUGGGGGAAUCGAGCAUUGCAAAUAUUCGAUUUAGGAGAAUACAAUUUGCAAUUUCAGUUUGCAGUAAAUUAUUUUUUUUUGUCAAACAUUAAAUUUAUAAUAAGAUCAUGA